GAGGUCCCGUGUCGCGCGCUCAGUUCGGUCGCCGCGUCGCGAUAUAUCUCGCUGGUGUACUGCAGCGCAGCAGUCUACUGCUUGCCCUAUCUGCGUCUGCGUGUGUAUGCAUAUAUAUAGUGCGCGACAUACGUUUACGGAUUACGGUAUACAAUCGAGCAGCAGCUACUUAGACACAGUCGUGCGCGAAAAAUAUGGCGAGCUAGCAUGUUGACGUUCAGCACCACGCCUAGGACAACGGCAAGGAUAUAGGACAUCUUCGUCUUCCCAUCAGUGGCUCCUCUCGCCACUGGAUCUUCUUCCACGAGUCAUGUUUCCGUCCCAGGUCGGCGGCUCGCCGCCGUCCACAGAACAGCAGCGGGAGAGCUGUGCCUUAGUAGACGAGGCAAUCGAGCAGCCCUGCACCGAGAGGGAUGCUUUCCAGAUCCUCGAGCAGUUCGAGCAGGUCUACCAGAACAAAAUCGACCAGGUCGAGACCGCAGCCGAUGUCACCGACGCACAGCGAAACGAGUUAAAAGUGAAAAUCAUGAUGGAUUGGAUCAAGGAUUUGAGAGAGCAGAAUACAUUGUUGAUCCACACUGUCAAUGAUCUUGAGCAAGCAGCUGUUCAUAGGGUGAAAUUAUUAGAAGACAAACUACAUGAAACUUCACAUUUGAUGACACAGAAUAUGUCACUACCACAUAAAUCUGAAGAGGAUCUAAAUGAAAUGGCAAAACGUAUUCAACAAUUAGAAAGUGAGCAAAGCUGUUUGCAGAAAAAUGUAGAAUCAUUCCAAAAUGAUAUUGACAGCCUUCUUGAACUCAUCAAACGUGGCCGAAUGGAGAACAAUUGGAAUCUUGAAGGAUUAACAUUUCAUCAAAUCCAACCAUCAGAUAUUCCAGCACCAUCUGAUUGCACAUGCGGCCAGGAAUCAUCAGAAGCACGCGAAGCUUUAGCGCAAGAAGUGGCACAAAAACAUGAUUCUAUUUUGGAAUUGAAAAAAAAGAUUUCUCAUCUUGAAGAUCAAAUACAAGAUUCAAAAUCAGCAUUGAAUUUUAAAGAGGACAUAAUAAGUCAUUUGAGGCUUGAUUUAAAAGCAGCAAAAAGUUUUCAGGGUUCUGCUGCACCCAGACGAGUAAGAAUUGGCCAUGACUCUUCUCAACUAUUGGAAGAUACAAAUUUGGAAGAAAAAUUGAAUGAUGCUAUAAGACAAAAAGAAGAAUUAAAGAGUUUACUUGCUUUGAGGGAUAUCGAAAUUAGCAAACUAAGGACAGGCAGUGAAAAUUCUAAUGAAAAUAUACAUAGAAAAGUUGCCCAAUCUGCACAUAAUGUUUCCAUAGAAAAUCAGGGUGAAAUAUUGACCUUUUUAACAAACUUAUGUGUAUCAAUGGCAAAAGAUAUAGAAACUAUUCUUAGCCUUAAAAUGGAACAUGAGACUGUAUUAACAAAAUUAGAGGAAUCUAAGCUUAAGUAUGAAGAAGAUGUAGCUUUAGCUAAUGAAAUGUUACAAGAUAUGCAAUUAUACCUUCAUCAAUACAAACAUGAAGUAUUAAAUCCUGACGAGUGCAAUGGUAACAUGAGAGAAUGUAUUAAUACAAUGGAAAAUAAGAUAAUUCAUAUACAAAAGUUAUUUCAGAAUCAAUGCGAGAGAUGUGUUAAAGAAAAUUUGUUACUAGAAAUGAACGAAGUUAUUUCGAAAGUAUUGUCUGGUAUUCAAACUAUAUCAGAAAUUUAUGAAAAUAAAAAUAAAUCUAUAACGUCUAUUGAGAUUUUGAUAAAAAAAAAUAGUGCAAUAUAUAAUAAAAAUACUUCCAAAGAAUAUGAACAGAAAGCUAUUUUUACUGCUAUUCUACAACAAUUCCGUAUGAUGGAAGAAUUCAGAAUUUGUACAGUUGAAGUACAAGCUGCAACUGAAGACUUGCGAGAAGAAAUGACUUCUGUGAUUUCCAAUUUGAAUGCACGACAUUGUAAAUAUGUAGAACUUACUAAAAUGGUGAGCCACGUACAAGAUUAUCUGACAAGAACUAGAGAGAAUAUAUCGGAAAUAAUAAAUCGUUUGGAGUUACAGGAUGAAGAAAGAGCUAGGCACAAUGAAAGAAUCACAAAUAAUAGAAUAAGAUUGAAAGAUAUAAAAAAUGAGUUCAAUCACACUCAGUCUGAGUUAAAGAAAUGCCUUAACAAUGUACAUAGUAAUAUUCAGCAUUCUAAUUUAUUAGGAUAUACAGAAAUCUGCACAUGUAAUGAUUUGCUCACCUCAGUAGUAGAAGAAGUAGAACAAUUAGUAUGUAAUUUGCAUACUUUUCAAUCUCAGGGAUGCUGUGGCUUAUCAACAAUGACAGAAUUGAAAAAGCAACUGACCCUUAUGGAACAUAAUGUAAAAGAAUUAAAAAAGAAAUGUGAUCAAGUAUUAUUAGAAAAUGAAGCAGCUCAAAAGUCAUUUACGGAUAAGUCCAAACGUUUAGAAAAAUAUGAAUGUGAAGUUGAUAAUUGUCAUACGAAAAUGCAAGAUGUUCUUGAAAACAUUAUUGCUAUUAGGGAUAAAAUGAAUGAGUUUGAAUAUAUUAAAGAAGUUGAUGAUUCUUUUGAGAGUACGAAUGAGACAAUAAAAUUAAAGGAAGAAAUACGAAGUCUUCAAAAAGAGUGUGAAGAAUUGAAACGUAAAUUAUUGCAGGAAUCAAUUAAAUGUCAAAAAGACGACAGAGUUUCAGAAUGGGAAAAUAGGAUAAUUGAUUUAAAAGAUCAAAUUACAGUAUUACAAAAUGAGAUUAAAUUUAAACAAGAAGCAAAUAUUUUUUUAAAGCAAAGUCUUGAGUCACUAGAAAAAGAAUUAGAGUCCAUGCGAAUGAAAGCCGAGGCCUGUCGACGAGUUUCUUCAACGGAAUCAUUCGAAAUGAAAAAAAGGAUCUUCGAAUUGGAAAAUUUGUUAAGAGUGCACAAUGAUACAGAUAAUAAUGUUAAAAGUUUAGCAAAUAAUGAAACUGAUUCCAAAAAAUCGCAACAGCGUUUUGAUUUUUAUACUAAGGAUAGACUUGUUGAAGCUGCAAUAAAGCAUGGGUUGCAAGGAUCACAUGAGAAUAUAGCUCAACUUUUAAACGUGUUGCAAGACACUAUUCAAGCAAUAAAAAGUGGAUUACAAGAACUUAGUGAUAAACUUAAAAGAUUGGUUUUGGACGGCUCGUCACAUACUUGCAAUUCAAGUGAAUCUGUUAGGGCAGCGAUAGAAAUUUUAGCAAAAUACGUGGAAAGUAUUAAGUACUGUUCUUUCGAAAUAGAAAAGAUUAAAGCUGCUCUCUACUCGAAGGAUAAACUCAUGGAAAAUAAGGAUGAAAUCAUAAGAAUCCAAAAAGAUUCCAUUACAAUAUCACAAUCAGAGGUCGAAGAUUUGCACAAGACACUGCAAGAAAAGAUUGACGCACAAGAAAAAGCAAUUACUGAGUGUGAGAAAGAAAAAAGUCGGCUUAAUAAACAAAUUGAACUUCAAGUACAAACAAUAGGUCACUUGCAAGAGGCCGUUGUCGAAGCCAAGAGGACUAUCGACCAAUUAAGUAACAAAGCAACGAGUGACGUGAGUGAGCCCUGGACUUCCGUCUCUCCUACUAUCUUUAAUCAUAGCAACGUGCACGAUGUUUAAUUUAGAAUAGAGAAUUUGUCGUUUACGUGUACUAAAAAAACUUAAUAUACGCUGGCGCAUCUUGAAUAUUCAGGAAGCGUUAAAUGAACCGUCAGAGAUGAAAAAUAACUUUUUGAUUUGUAAAUAUAAGAAAAUUCAAAUCGGGUAGUAAAAGCCAGUGGUACAAUGUUGGGAGUAUUGAUAGAACGUCUAUGUCGAGCCGAAGAUAUAAUUCAUUUAAAAAUAAUGUAUAAAAGAUAUUAAAUUGGGUCGCUACAACUCAAUGACAG